UGUUUACUGAUACUGUUAGAUUGUUCUUUUUCUAAAGGAACACGUAAUUAGUUUAUUAGUUUACUGGAGAGAUUUAUUAGUUUCAGAUUGCAGCUUUAGUUGUGAACUGAUCCAGUUUACAACAGCAGUAAUUUCUACAAUAAGGAUUGUUGUUAUAUUUUCACUAAAUAUGAGUCGUUCCAUUACUUUUGACAUUCAAAUUUGUGUUUGAAAAAUAUAGUAACCGUUUUGUCAGUUUGAAAUCUUAUAGUGCAGUUUGACAUGGUAACUUUGAAGAGACAUGUCUUUUUCAAACCAAAGGUUGCAUCUCUUGUGUUUGAUACCGGUUCUGAAUGAACAUGUCUUUUCAAAUGGUUUCUGAAAAGGUGUUUAAACGCCUAUAUAAACCCAUGCCUGCACUGAGUUUCAUAUCGACUUCUUCCCCCUGUUUUCUUCUUCUUUUCUUUCUGUCAAUUCAUUGAUUUCCUAGCAAGACAAGAGUGGUGUUCUUGUUCUCUAUUUGGUGCAGAAAUAGAGGACUAUACAGAGAGUCUGGGCUGUUGUAUCCUGGGGGUUGCGCGGCCGAAAUCUGCUGCAACGGAUUGACUUCCGCAGAGGCGUGAAUAACCUUAAAGAGAGCGACAUUGUCCGCGCCUCAAUCCAGAUUUUUCUUGUAGUAUCUUUUCAUUUGCCUUUGCUGUUUACAGGGUAUAUUUCCAACAAUUUUAAGGUUAUUCGAUACCAUGGAAAAUACUACAGGUAACCUUCAUUCAGAGGAUAACAACAAGCCAUUCAAGUUCCAAGGGGUUCAUUUCAAGAGAUGGAAAUCAAAGAUGUAUUUCUAUCUUAGCAUGAAGAGAGUCUCUACGGCACUUACUGAGCAGCCUAAUUUGGAAAUAGAACCAGGUCGAAGUGCUGUAAUACGUGAAUGGAGUGAGAAGGAUUUUACUUGGGAAAACUACAUCUUGAACGGGUUGGCUGAUGCUCUCUACAACUACUAUGCUGGAAUGGAAACAGCCAAGGAUGUAUGGGACGCACUGCAAAAGAAAUAUGAUACGGAGGAAGCUGGAGCAAAGAAGUACUCUGUUAGCCGAUACCUGCGAUAUCAAAUGGUGGACGAAAAAUCAGUGGUGGGUCAAGCACAUGAGGCUCAGAAAAUCGUCCACGAAAUUCUAUCCGAAGGUACACAAGUGGACCCAAGUAUUGAACAUUGGAAUGCAGUGCGCCGUGAGGUAUCUGAAGCGAACUGCAAAUUAUGGUAUUCAUUACCAAAGGUUUCCCACUGUACUUGAGGGGUACAGCGAUGCAGAUUGGAAUAUUCUUUCGGAGGAUUCUAAAGCUACGAGCGGAUAUGUGUUCAAUCUUGGUGGAGGUGCAGUUUCUUGGAAGUCUAAGAAACAAACUAUUAUUGCUCAAUCCACUAUGGAGUCAGAGCUAAUUGCACUAACAACUGCAAGUGAAGAGGCGUGUUGGUUACGCGGCUUCUUAUCAGAUAUACCUCUUUGGGAAAGGCCGGUGCCUCCCAUUUUGAUUCAUUGUGAUAGUACUGCUGCCAUCGGUAGAGUACAGAACCGUUAUUACAACUGUAAGUCGCGACAAAUUCGACGAAAGCAUAGUACAGUAAGAGAUCUUAUCGUCAACGGUACCGUAAAGAUUGAUUUUGUGAGAUCAGAAGAUAACCUUGCAGAUCCUUUUACAAAAGGAUUAGCAAGAGAGAAAGUCUGGAACACUUCUAAAGGGAUGGGACUAAAGCCCAUUGACAAGUGAUUUUCAUAUGAUGGCUACCCUACCUGGAGACUGGAGAUCCCAAGAACAGGUUCAAAGGGAAAAACGAGUGAUAUGAUAAAUCGGGGAGAACCACAACCAAGUAUCUUGCUCAUCCCUGGAAAUGUUACAAUGUAUGCACCUAUGUGGUUCUAUCAUUGCAGUGACUUGAAGGUUGAGUUUAAAACACUCUUAAUGAAAUCUAUAUCUUUUUAUAAGUGGGAUGUUUACUGCAAGGCAUUCUUCAUAGAUUUUACCUAAGUGUGUUUGAAGUGUGGCCGCUUCUAUGGGAAUUGGGCUAUUCUCUAAGACACACACGACAUACUGGGAUAAGAGCACAAGGCCAUAAUGUGCUGGCUUAUAGAACACCAUUAAUGGAAUACAUUGCGUCUAACAGUUCUUUAUAUAUCCCCACAAGAGAUCUUAGUUCAAGACGUAGUUCACUUUGAUCCUGGUAUACUAAGUCUGUACGACUAAGUGGAAGUUCAAAUCUACGGAUACUUCCAUCUAUGCUUUGUAUUCUUCUUGCUAUAUUCUAUUUAAUAAAAAUAA